UUAUUGUACCAAUAUAAAUAUGUAAAAAAAAACAGCCUUAAAAGUAUUUUUACACAGUUUAAAGAAAUCGUUCUAUAAAAAGCCUUAUAUUUUAAUUGUGUACAUAAAUAAAAUUAUAUUAUAAAUUAUAUUAUUUAAGAAAAUUCGAUGUUUUCAGAAUGAUAUAUAUGAUAAUGUCUAUCAUGGCUGCUACCGUCGUCGUUUCGUGUUCUAGAAUGACUAGGCAAAUUGAUCGAGAAACCACAGAAGGCUGGAGAAAACGUUCUAUUUUUUGUUCGCUUUACGUUGGAACGUGAAUAUUUUUAGGUAAAAAAUGGCUAUGGACGGAAAGCGAUCUAUAAAGAUGGAUCCCCUUUCACCAGGACCAUGUUUGGAUAUCAGUGAUGAUGAACUCGUUACAAUAUCUGUCAGAGAUUUGAAUAGACAAUUGAAAUUGCGUGGAUUGUCGAGAGAAGAAAUAGUACGAAUGAAGCAAAGAAGAAGAACUUUAAAAAACAGAGGUUAUGCAGCCAGUUGCCGUAUAAAACGCAUAGAACAGAAAGAUGAGCUAGAAUCAGAAAAGACUCAGGAAUAUCGUGAUAUGGAAGCAAUGCAGGAGGACAAUAAUCGUAUGAGGGAAGAAAUAGAAUCUUGGCAUUCCAAAUAUCAGGCACUCAAAAAAUUUGCUGCAGAAAAAAAAAUUCAUAUUCCAUCUGAAUUAGAAAUCAUAUAAAUCUUAAACAAUACUAAACAAUAUAUAUAUAUAUAAGUA